AUUUUGCUAAUUAUAAUAAUAAUAAUAAUAAUAAUGAUAACAAAGAAAUAAAACUCACUGUCAAAGAAGAUGAAAUGCUUCAAUUAUUAAAGAAUUUAUCAUUAUUUAUGAAAAAAAUCAGUGAAAUUAUUAAAAGAAUUAUCAAAACUUCAAUGUCAUUGAAAAAACCAACUUAUGAUUUUUCAAAUGAAAGUAUCAAAAGAUUUGGUAUUUUUAUUAAUAAUUCAACAAAUGAAUUAGUAAAUAUUUUUGAAUUUGAGAAAGAAAGAAAUUUGACAAAUUUCAAUGAAAUUAAUGAUAAGGUGAAAAAUCUUGUUUCAAUUGCAUUUGAAUUUAUUGAAACGGAGGAUCGAAGAAGAAAUCUCUACGAAAGUAGAAUUCCCAUUGGUCAAUAUACAUUAAAUAUUGUCAAUUAUACAAAUUAUCUUAGUGAAAAUUUAUACAUCAACAGUCAUUGCAGAACGUUUAAUAAUAAUUUAGAAUUAAAAAAAUUGGCUCACUUUACAAUUGAUAAUAUAAAAAUAUUAAUUUUAAUGAUUAACAAUUAUCAAUUAACAUUGUUAACUGAUUCGGUGAAAAAAGCUCAACAUAUUGGUGAAAUUGCAAAAAAUCUUGAACUCUCAUUGAAGCCAAGAAAAAAUUAUCAAGAAGAAUUAAAUUUUUGCAAUACCUCAAUAAUUAUUGACAAUGAUUUAAUAUCAAAAAAUAAUACUCAAAUUCAAUUUUUCCAUGAUAUUACAAAUAUUUUGUGUAAAGCCAAUAAUAUUAUUGAAAAAACAAAAAAUAAUGUUGAAAACUAUUUGGGAAUGUCCAAUGAUAUUCUUUAUUUUGAAAGUCUCACAAUGUCAACGCUCUCUUUUCUAUUAAGUGAAUUUCGAUUUAAUCUCGAAAAUCUUGAAGCAAAGAAAUUUGAAAUUUUUGAAAAUGAUCGAAAAAAUGUGAAAUUAUUAAAUGAAAUUUUGCAAAAAAUUGCCGAAUAAUUU